AUGAUUGAUGAUAAUGAGACUUUUGAUGGAACUUUUCCAUUCAAGCCACACUUUUCAACAGCGGCGGGCUUCCGCAUGCAUUAUGUUGAUGAAGGGCAAGGACCAAUAGUUUUAUGCUUGCACGGAGAACCUACUCACUCUUAUUUGUACCGAGAUGUGAUCCCAAUAUUAGCGAAAGAUCACAGGGUCAUUGUACCAGAUUAUAUGGGCUUUGGCAAGAGCGAGACCCCAGACGUCGAAUAUACGGCGAAGAGACGCACAGGCAAUUUGGAAAUUCUCAUUGGUGGAGCUUUGGCGCUUAGACAACCGCAGUUGAUUCGCCGUAUCGUCGUCAUGAAUACAACGCUAUCAAUGGGAGAAUCUGCAGAAGAUAAAUGUUUCGAAGGAAAUGGCAAAGAAUCGGCUUGGUUUGGCUGGGCGGAUCGAGCGUUUCUCGAUGGCUCUUUUGAAGCAACAUUGAGCAACGCUGGCGUUGCCAUAGUUGAUCUUAUGAAGCUACUUCAAGGUUUUGAGCGAAAGGAAACCUCUGAAGCAUUUUUCCGUGCCUAUUACUUGCCUUUUGCAACACCAGAGGAAUGUUGCGGUGUCAUUUCUUUUCCGAAGAGCAUCGGAAUCGCGGAAGCAAUUGCGGCUGUAAAGCCCAAGCCUGUUAUGAUGAUCUACGGCAUGAAAGAUAAGGUUCUGCUUGCAAAAUACUUUAUUCCAGUCUUCAAAGCUGCAUUUCCCAACGCUCCCAUUCAUUACCUUGAGAAUGCCAGCCACUUUUUGCUGGAAGACGCGCCAGAGGAGAUUAGAGACCUAAUUCUUUCCUUCAUCAAGAACACAUAG